UAUGCCAAUUGCAUAAUGGAAAUUGCAGUGAAUUGCUCCUCCUACAAGAGAUUAAGCCACACCCUUACACUCUCAGCAAUGGAUCCAAUGGAAGUAGCAACUUCAACGACUGUACCUAGUGACGGUAACAUACCAGCUGGUAGAUGGGAGAGUAUUCAAUAUCUGCUCACUCGUGGUAGCCCUUUGGCUCAUCCUGACUUUGAACCAAGUGAAGAGACGUUACAGUUCAUGAGGGACAUUUGUAAACUGCUGGUGAUCGGAGCAGGUGGUCUUGGCUGUGAACUAUUAAAAGAUUUAGCUUUGAUGGGUUUCACUAACAUCGACUGCAUAGACAUGGAUACCAUUGAUGUAUCAAACCUUAACCGUCAGUUCCUCUUUAGGCCAAAAGAUGUUGGACAGCCCAAAGCUACUGUUGCUGCUCGAUUCGUUAACGAGAGAGUACCAGGGGUUAAUGUGACACCACAUUUUGCUAAAAUUCAAGACUUUCCACCGGAUUUUUACAAAAAAUUUCACAUCAUUGUGUGUGGUUUAGACUCAGUAGUAGCUAGGAGAUGGAUCAAUGGAAUGGUGCUCAGUCUGCUACAGUACGAUAAUAAUGAUCAGUUAGACCCCAGCAGUAUCAUACCACUGGUUGAUGGAGGGACUGAAGGGUUCAAAGGUCAUGCUAGAGUUAUACUAGCAGGAAUGACAGCAUGUAUGGACUGCACAAUGGACUUAUACCCACCUCAAAUCAAUUAUCCAUUAUGUACAAUUGCUACGAAGCCACGCCUACCUGAACACUGUAUCGAAUAUUCUAAAAUAAUCCUCUGGCCAAAAGAGAAACCUUUCGGUGAAGGCGUGUCUAUUGAUGGCGAUAAUCCAGACCAUAUAAUGUGGCUAUUUGAAAAGGCGCAACAAAGAGCAGAGGAGUUUAGGAUACAGGGGGUCAGCUAUCGGCUGACACAAGGCGUUAUAAAGCACAUUAUUCCAGCUGUAGCGUCCACUAACGCAGUGAUAGCCGCCGCCUGUGCCACUGAAGUAUUUAAACUAGCUACAAGCUGUAGUCUUCCUAUGCAGAAUUACAUGGUCUUUAAUGAUGUAGAUGGAGUAUAUACUUUUACUUUUGAAUACGAGAGAAAGGAAGAUUGUAUUGCUUGCUCCACUCGCCCUGUUACAGUCACUGUCAGUGAAGAGGCUACACUAAGAGUCCUUUAUGAUCUCCUGUGUGAGAGUGAUCAAUUUAUGAUGAAGGCCCCCAGCCUGACAACUGUUAUCAAGGAUACGAACAAAACACUUUAUAUGCCUACUGUUCCUGCAAUAGAGGAAGCAACAAAAUGCAAUUUAGAUAAAAAAUUAACAGCUCUGGGUAUUACUGAUAAUCACAUUGUAACUGUUGCUGAUCAAACAACUCCCAAGUCAAUUCUUAUCCACGUUAAGUUUAGUUUCAAUAUGGAGUAAAGGGAAUAUCAAUAUCUAUCAGCAAAUUAUUAGCAACUAAAGAGUGUUAAUUUCUGUUGUGUUUGCACUGUAUGUGUGUGUGUAUGUACGUGUAUGUUCAAAUUAAGAAGUUUCUGCUAAAGCAA